ACACAGCAGCAACAUGCCUGAAGCUGAGGUAACGUACGCCGAUGUGAAGUUCACCAGACGACAGCCCAAUGAUAAUUUUCCAUCAUCAGAUGACACCACGUACUCUGAAGUCAAGAUUCUGAGAACAGAGCUGCCAGUCUGCGCUAACUGCAGCCAGCAACAGGUCGGGCCAAACAGGAAGUGUCAUGUCACCUCAGAGCGAGCGGCGCUGCUGGUUCUCAGCCUUCUUCUGGUCGCUGCCGUCAUCACUCUCGGAGUCACUGGACUGAAUCGAGAGGGAAUCCAGGAAAACACCUCUGAAUAUAAACAUGAACUCAAAGAGGAGAAUGAAGCUCUGAGGAAAAAUCUCUCAGUAUAUAAAUCAGGAAGAACAAUACAGACAUGUCCACCGUCUCCAACAUGUCCACUGUCUCCAACAUGUCCACCACCUUCAACAUGUCCACCACCUCCAGCAUGUCCUCGUCCUUCUACGUCUCCACCACCUGGACUAAACCUCAAUGAGAAACGUCUGAAGUGUGAAGCAGGCUGGGAGCCUCAUGGAGAAAAGUGUUAUUAUUUCACCACCACUAAAUCAUCCUGGAACAACAGCAGAGAUGGAUGUAAACUUAAAGGAGGAGACCUGGUGAAGAUAGACAGCAGGGAGGAGCAGAUAUUCCUGGAAGCAAGACUGAGAGAGAAAAUGGAGGAAGCUGAGGACAAGUUCUGGAUCGGACUGACAGACUCAGCGGUAGAAGGAAGAUGGUUGUGGGUGGACGGAUCGUUUCUGGACACACGUUUGAAGUUUUGGAGCAUCAAUGAGCCGGAUAACUGGAAAGGAGGAAAUCCUGAUGGAGAGGACUGUGUGAGGAUGGGGGAGAAAGGAGGAGCUGCUGAUCUGAAGUGUUGGUUUGAUCGAGUCUGCAUUGACCCUCAUAAAAGUAUUUGUGAGAAAGCAGCAGAAACUAGAGGAAUUUAAUCUGUAAGAGGUUAAAGUUCAGUUCAGGAUGCCCGAACCACCCUCUCCAGAAUGAGUUUAUUUUAUUACCUUCGGGCCGUCGCUUCAAAGCUUUUUUUGGGAGAACAAAGAGACUUAAAGUGUCGUUUGUUUCUACUGCUGUUCAUCUACUUAACAGUAAUGAACUAAAGUGACAAAGUUGUUCUAUUUAUUUUACUUAUUUUAAGCACAUUUAUUGUUUUGAAUUGUGUGAAUCUCUUUUUGACAUAUGCCAUUGGUUCUGAUUUGUUUUUUGAUGUGAUGUCGGCCAUGUGUGUGUUCUGGGUGCAAAAUCAAAUUCCCUCUGGGGACAAUAAAGGAUUGAAUUGAAUUGAAUUGAAUUGAAUUGAAUUGAAUUGCAUCCAGAAGCUGCAGCGAUGCUGUUUUUGUAAAAAUAAACAUUUUUCCUUCCAGACAUGUUAAAACAAACCUAAAAUAUUUCCAUUUCAUUCAUGUUUGUGUUUGAAUGUUUAUUUUCUUUUUAUUUCUAUUUUUCUCUAUUUCUUUCUAUGUGGUUCAGCAGCAGGGUCAGCUGUGAAAUAUAUUAAACU